GUCUGGUGGGCUGGUUGAAGAUGAAAUACCUCCAGGAAAGAGCUGGGGCUGGAGCACUCCGUGUGCCGGCUCAGACGUCCUGUGGACGCCCCAGACUAUCUAGAAAGUGGCCUUAGAUUUGGACAUUCUCUGGAGGAAGGUUUCAAGGCUGAUGGGAUUAUGAAGGCAGGUGCCUGUUUGACCCGGAUUUUCUGCAUUGCACGUCUGCUGCUCCCCUGUCCCCUUCCUAUGGCACUGGGUCCUUCUUUGUGGCCUAAGCUAACUGACCACUUGCUAUGAUGGCAGGUGUGUGCCGCACAUGGCCUUCCGUUGCACUGAACAGCGGGCCAGGUAAAGGGAUGAUGCUAAGUAGUUCUGAUUUCAGCGUGGAUUCCAAGAUUAAAGCUAGAUUCAUUUGAUAACAGACACUAAAGGCAGGAUUCAAGAAAUUCAGAGAUAACUCUAAUCUGGGCUCCUUCAUGCUGUAAGUCAUGGAUGUACAACAGAUGAUGAGCGUCUACAUUCUUUUAUGCAGCCCCCUCGUGCCUGCCUCGUGCCACCCAGCACCCUGCCUGGUGCCUGCCUCGCGCUUCCCAGCAGCUCUCUCGCGCUGCCCAGCAGGCCCUGCGGUCGCCACGCAUGCGCCCUGACAGCGUGGCCUCUACAUCCCGUGUGUCUCACCGAGGAAGGCGGCCCUUUACAGCAGGAUUCUUCUUCUGGAGACUAUUACCAUGUCUUUGUACGAAGACAUGUUGCUUUGCAAUUAUCGAAAAUGUCGACUCAAGCUCUCUGGCUAUGCUUGGGUUACUGCAUGCUCUCACAUCUUCUGUGAUGAGCAUGGCAGCGGUGAGUUCAGUCGUUCACCAGCUCUCUGCCCUGCCUGCAACAGCACCCUUUCUGGAAAGCUAGACAUUGUCCGCACAGAACUCAGUCCGUCAGAGGAGUAUAAAGCGAUGGUGCUGGCGGGGCUUCGACCAGAGGUUGUGCUGGACAUCAGCUCCCGAGCACUGGCCUUCUGGACGUACCAGGUGCACCAGGAACGUCUCUAUCAGGAGUAUAAUUUCAGCAAGGCUGAGGGCCAUCUGAAGCAGAUGGAAAAGAUAUAUACUCAGCAAAUACAGAGCAAGGAUGUAGAAUUGACCUCUAUGAAAGGAGAGGUCACCUCCAUGAAGAAAGUUCUAGAAGAAUACAAGAAAAAGUUUAGUGAUAUCUCUGAAAAACUUAUGGAGCGCAAUCGCCAGUAUCAAAAGCUCCAAGGCCUUUAUGAUAGCCUUAGGCUACGAAAUAUCACUAUUGCUAGCCAAGAGGGUUCCCAGGAACAAGCUACGAUCACACAGUCCGGUGUCUUUGGCUUUCCAUUAGUGAACAGCUCAAAGUUUCCCUUGGACCGCACACCAGUUGGAAGCCGAGGUGGUGGAGAUGAAGAUGUUCAGUUCAGACCAUUUUUUGUGGAUUCUCCCGGAGCCCCAGAACCCACUAACAGUUUCUUUAGUUUUGCUUCUCAGAACCAGGAAGCAGAGCAGCAGGCCUGCAGCAGGGCCUUUAAAGCCAAGAGAGUCUAGUCUAGCUCGGGUCACGUUCCAGUCGUCCACCUGUUUGCAUACUGAAGUGACUGGCAUUCCCGAGUUCACCUUAGGGGAGCUGGCUUGCUGUGGGUGUGUGCCUUCUGGUUUGGUUUCAUCCAUUUAUUCCAUGAACCUCAUCUCUAAUUCAUCUCUGCUCACACAGGCACAACCCUGACUGUCAUAAAUCCCUAUCAGACCAAGCUUGCUCACACUUGUGUGAGCGCCAGUGCUGUAUUUAAGGGUGCCUUGGAUUCUAGUACGCAUAUGUUAAGUGUGUGCAUUGAUUUUUCCUACUUACCAGUAUAUUUAUGUAAAAAUGAUGGUCUUGGAAAGUGGUGUCUUGCUAUUUGCUUGUAUUAUACACAGUCAUGUGUUAGCUUGUUUUGGAAGUGUGUUUAUGCCAGUGAAUGAACGUGCAAUUUGAUACAUAUGUGUUCAGUUUCUAUUUAAAAAGAAUUUACCUUGACAAAAGUUAUUUGCUGAUUUAAUUGGUAUUUGUUUUAAAAAUAAAGCUGCUUCUUAG